AUGAAACUGUACAACCUAGAGGGAAAACUACUGAAAUCAAUUCAAACCAAGUCAGGGAACAUACCGCUUGACAUUGCAGUAACAAAAAGUGGAGAACCUAUUUAUACUGAUCUUAAUGAAAGAACUGUUAACAUAGUUAAGGAUAUUAAGAUACAGGAAGUGAUAAGACUGUUUGGGUGGAAACCUUACAAUGUCUGUUGUACCUCCCUCGGUGACUUACUGGUUACAAUGGUCAGUGAUGAUGAAAAGCAGGCAAAAGUUUUUCGGUUUACUGCUAAUUCCAUUGAGAAGAAUUUUGAUAUCUGUGUGUCUGAUUAUGGAGCCAGUGUAGUAAUGGUGGUCAAUAAGGCAGGGAAAUUACGAUUUAGAUACACUAGACAUCCCUCCACAACCAUGGGGCCAUUUAAACCUGUCGGCAUCACCACGGACAGCCAGAGUCAUAUCCUGAUAGCAGACUAUAACAAUAACUGUAUCCACAUCCUAGACAAAGACGGUCAUUUCCUCCGUUACAUUGAUAACUGUGAUCUAUAUACUCCACUGGCUUUAUAUGUGGAUAUCAUAGACAACCUCUUUGUAUCUGAAUUUCACACUCAUACAGUAAAGAAAAUCAAAUAUAUGUUGGAGAUCUAA